AUGUCUCCUCAGGUCCACAAUCUGCAGGAGCUCCGGCGAAGUGCCUCGCUGGCCACCAAGGUCUUUAUCCAGAGAGACUACAGCGAUGGGACUAUCUGUCAGUUCCAGACCAAAUUCCCCCCCGAGCUGGACAGCCGGAUUGAGCGGCAGCUCUUUGAGGAGACUGUGAAGACCCUCAAUGGCUUUUACGCAGAGGCUGAGAAGAUCGGGGGCAGCUCCUACCUCGAGGGCUGCCUGGCCUGUGCCACGGCCUACUUCAUCUUCCUCUGCAUGGAGACCCACUACGAGAAGGUUCUCAAGAAGAUUUCCCGCUACAUCCAGGAGCAGAACGAGAAGAUCUUUGCACCUCGAGGCCUCCUGCUCACAGACCCUGUGGAGCGUGGAAUGAGGGUUAUCGAGAUCUCCAUCUACGAGGACAGGUGCAGCAGCGGCAGCUCCAGCAGUGGUAGCAGCAGUGGCAGUGGCAGCAGCAGUGGUGGGGGUGGCGGGGCGGGGGCCCGGUGA